GAAAAACAAAUGCACAAAAAAAAAAAUAAAAAAAAAUCACCAAAAUCACAAUCAACCAAAACCAUUCCAACUCCUCCAUUCAUCUCAUUUCUGUAAAAAACCCCAUAUUCUUUUAUUCAAUUAUUAUUUAUAUCAUCAAGAACAGAAGAAACUAUUAUUAUUAUUAUUAUUUAUAGGUUUAAAUUUUUAUUAGGAAUAAUAUAAAUAUAUGAAACACAUUCAGUUGUUGGGUUCAUAAAUCUAAAGCUAAACCCACUUCACUCCUAACUCACAUGAGCGGUGAGGAUCGCUCCGAAAUGUCCGAGGACGAGGAGCGACCGUCCCCCUCAGAUCUCGCCGGAGCUUCCCUCAAAUCCCGGAGCUGCACCGCCAACAACCAACUCAACUCCGGCUCACCCAUCGUCGGCGAUUUGGGCUGCUGUUAUAUCCCACCAAACCCAGAUCAAGUGCUCGAAAAUGUGCUCGAAAACGUGCUCUGCUUCUUGACCUCCCGGCGGGAUCGCAACGCCGCGUCUCUGGUCUGCAAGUCCUGGUACCGUGUGGAGGCGCUCACCAGAUCCGACCUCUUCAUUGGCAACUGCUACUCCGUGUCUCCCCGCCGGGUCAUUAACCGGUUCAAGCGGGUCAACUCCGUGGCCAUUAAAGGCCGGCCCAGGUUCGCUGAUUUCAACCUUCUUCCCCAGGAUUGGGGGGCCCACUUCAAGCCAUGGGUAAACUCCAUGGCUGAAGCUUACAGGGGUCUGGAGAGAGUGUACCUCAAGCGUAUGUCCCUCACCGAUGAUGAUCUGGCUGUCUUAGCUCGCUCCUUCCCCAAUUUUCAGGAGCUGGUUUUGGUUUGUUGUGAUGGAUUUGGAAACGCUGGACUUUCUGUUGUUGCCAGUGAGUGCAGGAGAUUAAGAGUGCUUGAACUGAUUGAAUCCGAGGUUACUUUUCAAGAAGGCACAGACUGGGUUUCUUGUUUCCCUGAGGAUUUCACCUGUCUUGAGUCAUUGAUUUUUGAUUGUGUGGAAUUCCCUGUUAAUUUUGAGGCAUUGGAGCGUCUGGUUGUCAGGUCCCCAGCAUUGAAGAAACUUAGAUUGAAUCGAUUUGUAUCAAUUGGGCAGCUGUAUCGGUUAAUGGUUCGAGCUCCACAGCUCACCCACUUGGGGACAGGUUCAUUUAGCUUUUCAGAGGAUCUUCUUGUGGGUGAACAAGAACCAGACUACGAAUCUGCUUUUGCUGCCUGUAAAUCUCUAGUUUGUCUCUCUGGAUUCAGGGAAAUCAUUCUUGAGUAUCUGCCUGCAAUAGUUCCUGUUUGUGCUAAUCUUACCUCGCUGAAUCUUAGCUUUGCCAAUGUUUCUCCGGGUGAGCUGAGAUCAGUUAUCCGUCAUUGUCAUAGACUCCAAACUUUCUGGGUGCUUGAUUCAGUUCGUGACGAAGGACUUCAAGCAGUGGCGGCAAACUGUAAAGAUCUUCGUGAACUUCGUGUUUUCCCAGUUCAUGCUCGAGAGGAUGUUGAGGGACCUGUUUCUGAAGUCGGCCUCCAGGCAAUAUCUGAAGGUUGUAGAAAGCUGCAGUCGAUUCUAUAUUUUUGCCAGCGAAUGACGAAUGCAGCUGUCAUAGCCAUGUCGAGGAACUGUCCCGAUCUUGAGGUAUUCCGCCUCUGUAUCAUGGGACUGCAUAGACCCGACCACACCACUGGAGAGCCAAUGGAUGAAGGUUUUGGUGCCAUUGUCAAGAAUUGCGAGAAGCUCACUCGGCUUGCUGUAUCUGGUCUAUUAACUGACAAGGCAUUCAGCUACAUUGGAAAAUAUGGGAAAUUAGUAAGGACAUUGUCUGUAGCUUUUGCAGGGGAUAGCGAUAUGGGGUUAAAGUACGUGCUUGAGGGCUGUCCAAAGUUGCAGAAGCUUGAGAUCAGGGAUAGCCCUUUUGGAGAUUCAGCUUUACUUGCUGGUUUACAUCACUAUUACAAUAUGAGGUUUCUCUGGAUGUCAGCUUGUAGAGUAACUCGGGGAGGAUGUGCAAGAAUCGCCCAGCCAUUACCUCACCUAGUAGUGGAAGUUAUGGGUGGGGAUGACCAAGAACUGAAUGAAUCAAGUAAUUAUGUCGGGACAUUGUACAUGUACAGGUCUCUUGAUGGGCCAAGAACUGAUGCACCGGGGUAUGUGCAAAUCUUGUGAGAAAAUUGGAACAAGACAGAUUUCAUACAGAUAUUAAAGUUUGACAUUGAGCAAUCACGAAUCUUGGUUAUGGAAUCUUUGUUGUGCUGUGGGUAGCUUUACUUUAAUGACCCGCGAGACACGGUCCUCACCUUGAUGAGUAUGAUGGUGCAUGCCUUUCCACAGAAUUGAUCUGUUGAAAUGGCUUGCAAUACAGUUAUUCUCGGUGGUCGAUGGAAUUUGGAGCUAAUUCAAAACCUCCAAAACACCCUUGCAAGUAAAAGGAUUGUCCCAUGUUGUAUUGGUACGCUUUUUUUUUACAUUUUCUGUUUCUUACCAUUGCAUAGAAGCAUUCGAAGGUUGUGGAAGGAGGGUUGUUCAGCAGUGCCAACACCGGUGCCUUGUACCACCAUUGUUGGAUCAAAUUGUUUCUUCCACAAAUUGCAGGAGGGGGUACAAUGUGAAUUUUGAAGUGGCUGGCUGCUAUUUGGGUAAAAGGAUCAAAUUGAUGAUACAUUGUUGAGAAUAGGGUUUCAGACUUCAGCAGACUUAUUUUUUUUUUUUAGAGAUCUUAGUUUCGAGAUUCUAAGGUUUAGCUGCUGAUAAAUCUAGUGGCCAGAAAUUAUACAUCAAUCAAUCUCUCCAUCUAAAAUCUUUAGAAAUGUUAUUGUUUUUCUUUCUCCUUUGAGAUACCACAUGUUGUUCUCAGCACCUGACUGUUGAAUUUAUUAUUAUCAUUGGUAGGAAAACAUAUUGAGAUGAGUAAUAAAUGCCAAAUAUGCAUGGACCAGAUGCCAGUGUGAGUGUGUCUUUCCUUUUUCCUUGAAUGUGGAAUGAUCAAGCUUGAUUGACAGUGAAGGCCCUCCAUUAAAUUAUGUGUAUGGAAAGCAUUUGUACAAGUACAAAUUUUGAGGACCACUCUGUGGGUUCCAUGGCACCAGACAAGAGGAUGGAUGGAUAGAGAUUUACCCUGAUUUCUGCCAUCCAUUGGAUUGGACGGACCUGAUUCUCUCUCCCCCAGUCUGACUAUCUUUUCUUUUUCCUCCACAUGCAUACAUUAUAGAGCUGCCUGCCUUUGGUGUUGUGAAAUGGUAACAAUCAGUUUCUGCAAGUUUCAUCAUUAUCUGUUGACUUAUGGGAGUCUUGUGUAUUGGAUAGAGUAGUCUCCAGCCUGAUCUAUUUAUCUGAAAAUGCUGUAUAGUAUAUUGCAUUCUUGAUUUCUGCAGAGAAUGAUUUUCUCUAUGGGUGGAAGCAGGACCCCAUCUCAUUCUCAGUUGCUAGUCGCAGCCCUGAUAAAUGUGAAAAUUUGCCUACUUCCUCUUGUGUUCUUCUUGAAAAUUGACCAUACUCUUGCAGAAUAUGUAUGGUUAAAAAAAAAAAUGGCCAAAACUGGGAGUGGAAUCUGAGAGUAUAAGCACAUUUUGAUGAGUAAUGGGAAGCAAGCUUGCCUUUUUCUGUAUCAUCGAACCAUUUCUUAUGUUAUAAGUGGAUCAAAUACCACCGUACACUUGUUUCAAUCUUUUUCGUUUUCCCCUAGUGGUUAUGAAGUUUGAAACCAGCAUUAUCAUGUGUUUAGGUCAGAGGAGGCCAUGUACCCAUUUUUGAACCCAAGGUUGAAUUCGCGACGGCUAUAGACUACUUGACUAGUUUUUACAGGCACAAUCGUCAUGUCAACUGCUUAAUGUUCGAAUAUACGACUGCCAAAUCAAAUGUAUUGUUCUAAAGCG